CAGAAUAGAGCGAAAAGACCGCGGGUGGAGUGUGUGAGUGUCAAAAUGCCCCGACCGUCGCGAGAGUCCUACGGGGACCAAAAACCCCCGUACUCCUAUAUAUCUCUGACUGCUAUGGCGAUCUGGAACUCUCCGGAGAAGAUGCUUCCUCUAUCGGAAAUCUACAAGUUCAUCACCGACCGGUUUCCCUACUACCGGAAGAACACCCAGAGGUGGCAGAACUCCCUGCGACACAACCUGUCGUUCAACGACUGCUUCAUCAAGAUCCCUCGGCGGCCGGACCGCCCCGGCAAGGGCGCCUACUGGGCCUUGCACCCCGCCGCCUUCGACAUGUUCGAGAACGGCAGCCUCCUGCGCCGUCGGAAGAGGUUCAAGCUCUUGAAGAGCGACAAGGAGACCCUCGACAACGAGCUGGCCGCUUUGGCUAACAUAAACCGGUUCUUUUUCGCCCCGCCGGAAGCAGAGUUCGGCCCGCAGAAGCCGGUCCGCGAGCCGUCGCCGGUGACCAAGCUCGACGCCUGCACCAGGCCGAAGCGGGCCUUCACUAUAGAGAGCCUCAUCUCCCCGGAUAAGCCCCCGGAGGCGCGCAGCGCCCACGUCGUGCACCCGCACCCCUGGAGCAUGGCCUACUGCGACCUGGCCAUGGCGCCGGUGGGUCUGGUGCAGCCCUGCUACGGCGCCUACGCCGUGCCGCCCUGCAAGGACCUCAUAGGGCUGUCGCAGCUGGCCCUUCGCUCGAUUUGAUGCCGGUGCUCGAGUGACUUUCGCCGGGAGGACGAGUGAGGAUCCGCGGUCAUGUUCCUGGGUACGCGUAGGUAUCCGAAUAGGCAUCUAGACAAAUAAAUGUGAUAUUAUUUAAGUUAUAUAACAGAACAAAGGUGUACUUUAUCAUUUGUUUCCCAGCACGCGAAGAAAUUAUUUGCCGUUGUUGAUUAGCUCUUAUCACGAGACGAUGUAAAUAUUUGUAUUUAACUAUUAUGCGAUAGACGUACUUAAGUUUCUAUUGUCCAUAUGAUGUGCAAAUGAAUGUAACGUUUAUGCAAUAUAUGUGUACAU